AUGACAGUAUUAUCACAGGAAGAGAUCUUACGAAGUAAGCGUACAGUUGUGCAGGGUUUGGAAGCACUGAAGAAUGAACAUGAAUCGGUUAAGGGUACAUUAGUGAGUGGUAUUCAAGGAUUGCAUGCUGAUGAAUCGGCACUUAGUGAGGAAAAGACACAUAUUGUGGACAGAAAUUUGGAAAUGUUACGCUUAGGCAUCGAAGAAGCUCAGGUUAUGAUGGCAUUAGCUGGUCAUCUACAGGCAGUAGAAGCCGAGGAACAGAAGUUGAAAGCGCAAGUACGAAGACUUUGUCAAGAGAAUGCAUGGCUUCGAGAUGAAUUAAAUUCAACGCAGCAAAAAUUGCAAACCAUUGGACAGCAAGUAGCACAAUUGGAAGAGGAAAAAAAGCACUUAGAAUAUAUGAAUUCGAUCAAGAAAUAUGAUGAACAACAGGAUGCUGAAAUCCUCUACAAACAGAUCUUAACUCGUGCUCAUGAACGUGAAUUUGGGAAAGUAGCGGAUGACAAUAAGCCAAUUUGGCAAAUUGCUGAAGAUCGUGAAGAGAAUAAACAUAAAGGAGGUGAUACAAGCUCGUAUCAGGAAUAUGGUGGUUGGCACAAAGCUGCAAAAGUUGACAGUCCAACAGUAACCACCACGUUAAAGAAUCUUGGAGCAUUGUACAGACGUCAAGGGAAGUACGAAGCAGCGGAAACUCUUGAAGAUGCUGCAUUGCGAGCCAAAAAGCAGUGCUUGGAUGCAGCUCAUCAAGCGAAAGUAGCUCGCUUGAUUGCCGAACAUACAACUAAUUUAUCACCACCUCAUGAAGGUGUUGAGCAUGAACCGCCUGUGUCUGGUCAUCAGUCAGCAUUAACAGCUACUAGUACAUAUGCGGAUGAUUCGUUAAUGUCACCUAUUACUACUGCUACUGCUUCAGAAAUACAUCGUGGUAUGACUCAGUCACAAUCAUCAUCUGGUUUAAAAUCACGUUUAUUCAAUGCACUUGGUCUACAACAGCCACCACAAACUUAA